CGCGGGCAUCCCGGCUGCCGGGGAUUCCUGCUCCCGGUGAUUCCUGCUCCCGGUUCCUGCUUCCUGCCCCGCCGCCAUGGAUUACCGGGCGCUGGUGAUGAGCCAGGUCGUGCCCGGGCAGUUCGACGAUGCGGACUGCUCGGACAGUGAAUCUGUGGAAGACACAGAAGCGUGUAAAGAGGGCGAGGUCCCUGAGAGCUGCCAGCUAUGCACGUGUGAAGAAGUUAACGCUGAGGAAGGAGAUGGUGAUGAUGACAACGAUGCUGAAGAGGAAGAUGAAGACUGGGACUGGGAUGAUGAGGUGGGAAGACUCACAAAGCGCCACAAUGCUGCUGGUGGAUGCAAUCCACAGGCAAAUAGACAGACCCCUAAUUGCUCUUCAGCAAAACUGUCAACCCCUGCAGGCAAGGUUUUAAGAAAAUUUGAACACAAAAUCAAUUUAGAUAAGCUAAAUUUUGAUGACUCUGUUAUAAACAGAGUCACAGAAAAGUCUAGGCAGAAGGAAGCAGACAUGUACCGAGUCAAAGACAAGUCAGACAGAGCAACAGUAGAACAGGUGUUGGACCCAAGGACCCGAAUCAUUCUGUUCAAGAUGCUCUCUAGAGGUAUUAUAUCAGAAAUCAAUGGCUGCAUCAGCACAGGGAAAGAAGCCAAUGUAUAUCAUGCCAGUACUGCGAAUGGGGAGAACAGAGCAAUAAAGAUUUACAAAACCUCUAUUCUGAUGUUUAAAGAUCGGGAUAAGUAUGUGAGUGGUGAAUUCAGAUUUCGUCAUGGAUACUGCAAAGGCAACCCAAGAAAAAUGGUGAAGACAUGGGCCGAAAAAGAAAUGAGGAAUUUAAUAAGGUUGAAUACAGCCCAGAUACCUUGCCCAGAGCCAAUUAUGCUAAGGAGUCAUGUGCUUGUCAUGGGCUUUAUUGGUAAAGGUGAUAGGCCUGCUCCUCUGCUGAAGAAUGCUCAGUUGUCUGACUCCAAAGUCCGGGAGCUGUACCUGCAGAUCAUCCAGUACAUGAGAAGAAUGUACCAAGAUGCCAGACUUGUUCACGCAGAUCUCAGUGAAUUUAAUAUGCUGUACCAUGGAGGGGACGUGUACAUCAUUGACGUGUCUCAGUCCGUGGAGCACGACCACCCGCACGCGCUGGAGUUCCUGCGCAAGGAUUGUGCCAACGUUAACGACUUUUUCCAGAAGCACAAUGUUGCAGUGAUGACAGUGAGGGAGCUGUUUGAAUUUAUUACGGAUCCUUCUAUCACAAGUGAAAACAUUGAUGACUACCUGUCUAAGGCGAUGGAAAUAGCAUCGAAAAGAACAGAAGAGGAAAGAUCCAGUCAAGAUAAAGUGGAUGAGGAAGUAUUUAAGAAGGCCUACAUACCUCGAACUCUGACUGAAGUUAAAAACUAUGAGAGGGAUGUGGACAUAAUGAUGAAAUUGAAAGAAGAGGAUAUGGCAUUGAAUGUUCAGCAAGAUAAUAUUCUCUACCAGACUGUGACAGGACUGAAGAAGGAUUUGUCUGGUGUUCAGAAGAUUCCUGCACUCCUUGAAGAGGCUGACAAUUCAGAAACAGACUCUGAUGAUGAUGGUGGUGGCAGCUCAGAGGAUUCUGAUUUGGGCUGUAAAGAAUCUGUACAUCCCAAAGAUAAACCUGCUGAAGUUAGCAUGGACAAAAAGGAAAGGAAAAAGAUGGUCAAAGAAGCCCAAAGAGAAAAGAGAAAAACCAAAAUCCCAAAGCAUGUGAAGAAGAGGAAAGAAAAAACUGCAAAAAUGAAGAAAGGCAAAUAAAACCUUCUUUGGCUCAGAGAAAGGGAUGAUGUGUUGUGGAUUAGUCAGCCACCAUCUUUUUUUCUUUAAUAAAAAAUUAAAAAUCCUUUA